CCCUUCCCGCUGGCAACCGACUUGCGCGUGCCGAACGCCGAACGAAACCCUGCAUUCCGGCUUGCCAUUACCUUCCGCCAAUGAUUAGACCCGACCUCUGAAGGUCGCGGCCUCUCCCCGAAAGAGGCGAUAACUACGGUAACCAUGGCCUUCGGCUUCGGAGGCUCCUCCAACACCAUGUUGGGUGCUUCUGCUGGCGGGGCGGGAGUGACGCAGGGCAAUGACCUCGAGGUCAUCCAAACAGAGAGUCUCGGAUUUCUGUCCAUUGCCGGCGAUGCCAAAGUCCAGCUGACCUCGAAAUGGUCCCCCGCGCCUGCGCCGACAGCAUCCCUCCUGAGCAUUGCAUCCCGCAAAGGAUUGGUCGCUGCUGCGGGCCCGGAUGCCGUUCACAUUGCCACGACAGAGUCUGUUCGGAAAGCCUUUGAGGGUGAGAAGAACGGCGACAGUGAAGUGCGGUCGUUUACUCCCCAGGCCAAAGUGCCGUUUCCGAUUCGCAUCUCUCAGCUCGCUUUUACCGCUGAUGAGCAAUACCUGGUUCUCUCCGCCGAGUCAGGUGGGGGUCUCGCAGUAUACGAUGUCCAGGCGCUCACGCAGGGUGCUACCCAGCCCGCAUUCGAGAUCAGCACAAACGGCGAGACUCUGCGAGCUCUGAUCCCGAACCCAAUGCCUGAAUCAGCCAACUUCUGCGCAAUCGUGACGAACAACGGUAACCUAUUCAUGGCGAAUCUCGCAGAACGCCAGCUGGUAUCGGGUUCAAACGGGCCAACGCUGCGCUCUCAGGUAAGCAGCGCAGCGUGGAGCACCAAGGGGAAGCAGCUGGUUGCCGGCAUGGCAGAUGGAUCCAUCUAUCAAAUGACGCCAGAUGGUGCAGAGAAAGCUCACAUCCCCAAGCCUCCAAACCUGGGGGACUAUCAUGUUGCCUUGGUUUCCUGGCUUGAGAACCAUGUUUUCCUGGUCGUCCAUAACCCGACGAAUGGCCAAGAUCCAUCCGUCUUCCACCUCAUCACCCGGCAACAGCCACCCGGUGGCACUCCUAGUUUCACGUUCCAGAAACUCGCCGACCCCGUCGAGCCGUUUGUGUCCGACAAGGUUCCCCACCACACCGUCCUGAGGCUCAAGGAUUUCCCUCCGAAUCUCCAGGAUCUACUCUUGGUUUCUUCGACCGCCACCGAGAGUGUUGGCCUAUUGUCACGGUCCAAAACACCCUUGGCGACGGAUAAACCUGCCGAAUCCAUCACAAAUGUCUUCACAACGACAGAGCUCGCGGACGAUUCGAAGCGAGCGCAGCUGCCCAUGAGUGAGGACUUGACUGAGACUUAUCCAAUUGGAGCCGCGCUUGACCUGUCCAGCAAGAACAAGGUCUACAAACCAAUUCCGGCUGACGAAAUUGAGUUCUCUCCUGGUCCCUUGCCUGGUUUAUGGUUGCUCAACAACGAAGGAGUCUUAUCGGCAUGGUGGAUUGUGUACAGCGAGUCCAUCCGCGGAGGUACAACAUAUCCAGGGAUCGCCUCUGCCGAUGCCGCUCCGUCGGUUUUCGCGGCGCCAGCCCCAGCCUCCACCGCCCCCUCGGCUUUCGCGUCUCCCGCUAGCAAAGCUCCGACAUUCGGCUCACCGUCUUCCGUCACGCCGGCAUUUGGGGGUCCAUCGGCGCUCGGGGCAAAGCCAUCUCCGUGGUCGACGGCUGCGAGCUCGUCUACGGCCCCAGCGUUUGGUUCCAGUUCCUUUGGCAGCUCAGCAUUUGGAAACAAACCAGCAGCUCCCGCCUUUGGCCAACCUUCGGGCCUUGCUUUGGGCCAGAAGGUAUCUCCUUGGGCAACCGGGUCGACGAGUGGUGCCACACCAGCCUUCGGGCAAAGUGGGUUCUCCAGCGCCGGGGCAAGCGCUGGUAAGAUCUUCGGCAGCGCUGCGCCCGCAAGUGGUGGGUUUGCAAACUUUGCAAGCAAGGGCGGCUUUGCAGGGUUAGCCAGUGCUUCUGGCGGGUCGAGUAUCUUCGGGUCCAAGCCCGGCGCUCCCUUGACAUCGAGCGCGCCAGAAGUCUCUAUGGAUACUGAUACAGCCUUCCCACCCCCGGCUGCUAAAACCGACAAGCCCGCAUUUGGAGCAUCGCCAUUUGUUCUAGGAACCACGUUCAAGGCGGAUAAGUCGACAGCCGAUGACAACGAUAAGCCGAAGGAGGAUGGAAAGUCCUUGUUCGGAAGCGGUUUCGGCCUUUCCCUCGAUGAUGCGGCCAAGAAGCCAGCUGCCCCCGAAUCGAAAGACAUGGAUAUGGAAAGCACCACACCGCCUCCGGUCGAAGAGAAGCCCAAGUCGAUCUUCAGCCAAGAGUCGACAACCCCCACCACCACACCAGCUCCCCAAAGGGUUGACUUCAAGAGCACAACACCGGCAAGCGGACCUGGCCUCUUUGGCUCCAAACCCACUUCUGCUAGCAGUCUGAGCAACAUUUUCGGGGCCCCUAAGCCCGCCGCUUCGAUCUUCGGCACGCCAAAGGUCAAGCAGGAAGAGGGGGACAAGGCAGAUCUGUCAAAGAUACCGGAAGCCCCCCUCCCGCCCGACACUACUAUUUCCAAGCCGCCGGCUAAAACAGAGGACGCCCCUCUACCGCCCGACUUCCUGGGCAAACCUGUAAAGAAGGAGCCGAUAUCGGAAGCUGCGCCAUUGCCUCCAGAUUCUGCAUUCACUAAAUCGAAACCCGAGGCAAAAGAAGAAAAACCUUCAACAACACCACCCGAAGAGGCUCCGUUGCCACCGGACUUUCUCGCCAAACCGCCGGCGAAAGAAGCGCCUACUUUGCCUUCUGUUCCCGACAGCACUAGUGAGGGUCCGUCUGAGGAAGAGCAGGAGGAAGAGGAAGGUGAAGAAGGUGAGGAGGGUGAGGAGGGCGAGGAGGGCGAGGAGGAGGAGUAUGAAUCGGAAGCUGCCAGUGAGGGAAGUGGCAUCGAUGUUGCCAAGGAUCUCAGCCCGACGACUGGCUUCAGUCGGCAAACGCCCGGGGUGACACCACAAAGCUCGUUUGGUGGAAUGGCAGGAAGUGCCUUCUCAACGAUCUCACGCACCGAAGCGGACCAGUCGCGACCCCUCUUCGGCGACAUCAGCAAAAACGCGCCUCCUUUAUUUCCAAAGCCGGCCCCCCUUCUACAAAGCCCUCGGUCGCCUAGCCCGGUGCGAGGACCUCAGCGCAGCAAUCUUCUCAGGCCUAGCGAACCGGGCCGGUCUCUCAGCGCUCCCGGGGUAGCAUCACAGCUGCUGGGCAAAAAGACACUACCCGCACAGUCUGCCCUUGGCUACAGCGCCGGUCAACGGGCUCAAGUGGACCCAAAUGUGCAAGCGCAGCGCAAGCUUGCGGAGAAAAAGCGGGCUGAGGAGCAGGUACUCGUCGACCCAGAAGACCAAGGUAUCCAGCAGAUCUUGCAAUCGAAGCUCGAGCCGACGCUACAAAUGCACGAGUUCUUUGCCGUCCGGUCGAAAAUAGAGCCGCUGAACCCGGGGCGGGAAGAAGUGCCCGGUGCUUGCGAGACGCUCUGGAGAGACAUCAAUCGUAUGAUUGACAUCCUAGGCUUGAAUUCGCGGUCACUGCAGUCGUUUAUCCUGGGCCAUAGCACACAGUUCAAGGAGGGCGGCCGGACAAAGGAAGAUCUGGAGAACAUGGACGACUGGGUGCUGGUCGAAGCCAGCGAGCUCGGCGCUGUCCUCGACGACGAGAUGGCGCGUUGCGCAAAGGGCCGAAUACAAGACGUCCAAGCCGCCGAGGACGCCAUCAAGGGCUUCGCCAGAGACCUCGCCAAGCUUCGCGCAAAGGAGGAAGACAUGCGCAAGAUUAUCAGCACACACAUCGACCCAGACCAGCUCGCCGUCGCCAAGUCCCUGCCCCUCAGCGCCGAACAGGCCACGCAGCAAAACGAACUGCGCCGCUCCUAUGCCACCUUCACUCGGCUCCUUGCCGAGACGGAAGAGGCCCUGACGAUGCUCCGCACACGCAUCGCCUCCGCAGGCGGCGCCUCCGGCAAGACGCCCGUGCCCACGGUCGAUGCUAUUAUACGCACCAUCAACCGCAUGACCAGCAUGGUGGAGAAGCGCAGUGGCGACAUUGACGUGCUCGAGAGCCAGAUGCGCCGGCUUCGCUUGGGAUCUGUCGGCCCGGGCAACGGCACCCCCGGCCCCCGGAGCCGCGAAGGCUCGCCGUUCGCCACGCCCCAGCAGCAGCGUAGGUCGCUCCUCCUGUCGUCGCCGGAGAAGGACGGCAGCGCCAGCAGUAGGCUGAGAGAGUCGAUGGCGAGCUCGGUGGCGUCGUAUGGCGGGCGGGGUGGCACACCCCUCUCGUCGUCCGUGUCGUCGCUGUCGUCGCCGAGGAAGAAGCUAAGCAUGUACACCGCCGAAGAGAAGAGGGAGCUGAGGGCGAGGCAGGCCAAUCGGAGAGGGGCGCUGCAGAUGCUGAGGAAUAGUUUGGCAAAGGCCGGACCGAACGUAUCGAGGUUGAGGGACGAUUGAAUGAAGGAGAGGAGAAUGGGCUGGGGCCAGAGGGUUUGAUGAUUGAUAGGGGCAGGUUCGCAUAACACUGCCGGGAGAGUGUGAUGAGGUUGGUAUUGCGG